UCGCGCGCAGGCGCAGGGCGGGUGUGCGGGGCGGGCGCCCCCGGCGCGGGUCCGGCGAAAACGCAGCGCCUUGCGGCUUCUGGUUCCGAGGCUUGUCUGUACCGUUUUCGCUCCGGCGGAAGUGAGGACGGGGGUCCUUCGACCCCCGCCCGGCGGGAUGGACCGCGAGACGCGCGCGCUUGCCGACCGCCACUUCCGAGGCCUGGGGGGCGGUGUCCCCGGCGUCGGCCAGGCCCCGGGCCGCGUGGCCUUUGUCUCGGAUCCAGGCGCCUUCUCCUACGCCGACUUCGUGCGGGGCUUCCUGCUGCCCAACCUGCCCUGCGUGUUCUCCAGCGCCUUCACGCAGGGCUGGGGCAGCCGGCGGCGCUGGGUGACACCCGCGGGGAGGCCCGACUUCGACCACCUGCUGCGGACCUACGGAGACGUGGUUGUACCAGUGGCAAACUGUGGGGUCCAGGAAUACAACUCGAACCCCAAAGAGCACAUGCCCCUCAGAGACUACAUCGCCUACUGGAAAGAGUACAUCCGGGGGGGCUACUCCUCUCCUCGGGGCUGCCUCUACCUCAAAGACUGGCACCUCUGCAGGGACUUCCCGACGGCGGCCGAGGACGCGUUCACCCUGCCAGUGUACUUCUCGUCUGACUGGCUGAAUGAGUUCUGGGACGCCCUGGAGGUGGACGACUACCGCUUUGUGUAUGCAGGGCCUGCAGGCAGCUGGUCCCCAUUCCACGCUGACAUCUUCCGCUCCUUCAGCUGGUCCGUCAACAUCUGUGGCAGGAAGAAGUGGCUCCUCUUCCCCCCAGGGCAGGAGGAGACUCUGCGGGACAGCCACGGCAGCCUACCCUACGAUGUCACCUCCCCAGCACUCUUCGACACACACCUGUACCCGCAGGGCCAGCUUGCUUGCCCACCCCUGGAGGUCACGCAGGAGGCGGGCGAGAUGCUGUUUGUGCCCAGUGGCUGGCACCACCAGGUGCACAACCUGGAUGACACCAUCUCCAUCAACCACAACUGGGUCAAUGGCUUCAACCUGGCCAACAUGUGGCGCUUCCUGCAGCAGGAGCUGCGUGCCGUGCAGGAGGAGGUCAGCGAGUGGAGGGACUCCAUGCCAGACUGGCACCACCACUGCCAGGUCAUCAUGAGGUCCUGCUCAGGCAUCAACUUUGCAGAGUUUUACCACUUCCUCAAGGUCAUUGCUGAGAAGAGGCUUCUGGUCCUGGGGGAGGCAGCUGCCAAGGAUGAUGCUGGGUUGGGCUUCGAACAAGCAGCCUUUGACGCUGGGCGCAUCACAGACGUGCUAGCCUCCUUGGUUGCACACCCUGACUUCCAAAGAGUGGACACCAGCAUGUUUUCACCACGGCCCAAGGAGCUGCUGCAGCAGCUGAGGAAGGCUGUUGAUGCCACCUCCGCCCCAUAGCACCUGUCAAGAGGACAGAAGGAUGGGCGGAGGAGGACGAGAGCCAGCCUCCUGCUCCAGGGCCCUUCCAGAAAUAAAGAGCGCCCUCCCUGUGACCUGGGGCCCACCCCUGUCGAGCCUUGUGGCCUGGCUAUUCAUGGCCACUGCCCUGGCGCCCGUUUUCGGGUGAGGCCCAAUGAGGUCAGGGACGAAAGAUGGGAUGUGGCCCUUCUGACCUGCAGCAGGCCUGCUGGGAGCUCGGGGGUGGCACCAUGACCCUCCUCUCUUGGGGGCCCUGCCUUCUUAGGCUGGGAUGCCUAAGCUGACAGGAGUCCGUGUCUAGUUUGCCUUCUCUGUAGACCAGCCCCAACCCCUCAUCUCAGGCCUAGGUGGCCACCCCUGGCUCUGCCCUGUGGACUCAGGGAGGGGUUGGAGCAGUGCUGGGCAAGCUCACCAGGGCCUCCAGGCAGGGCUGGGGCUGGUCCGUCCUCCAGGUAAUGGGCCGCAGAGCCAGUGGCCUGUGCCUUCUAUGGGUCCCCAGAGGUGAUGGCCGGGCUUGGCUGGCCUCUAAGCAGGGCUGGCAAAGAGCCUUGUCCUCAGCCGCCUCCCUGCCUUCAGGGUAGCCUUUGCAGGGCCUGUGGGCAGCUGGAGAGGCCAUGGAUGUGGGGGUGGAAUCCCUUCUGCUGCUGAAUCCGGCCUAGAGGGGCCGGAUUGGGCCUAGAGGGGCUGUGCCUGCCAUGUACUCACAGCUAGGUCUUCCCAAGGAUGCUGUUCUCAGGAGCAGUGGGUCUCUGGCGCCGCUGGGUAUAAUGGAGGUGUGGGCAGGCUUGUCCAGGCCAAUCAAGGGUUCUGUCUGCUCAGCGGUGAACAGCAGAGGCCUGUGGUGGGGAAUGGACUCUCGUGGGGUCCUCCUGCAGAGGAUGCCCCAGGCCUCAGCCCACUAGCAGAUCCACAGUGUGUGGAGACUGGCACUCUGCCAGCCUUGCCCUUGGCCCAGAGGCCAGCAUGUUUUCGGUUGGCUCCUGGUCAGCUGCCCCACCCCAGCAGGGGAGGAGGCAUCUGAAUCCACAGGGGUGGCACCUGCCAUGGCUUGAGCAUUGCCUGCCUGUGGCGUCCACUGGGGCUGCUGGCACUUAGCUAGGAUGGAAGCUCCCAAGAAGGGCAGGGGUUUUUGUCUGCUGUGUUCAGUGAAUCAUGCAAAGCGUCUGCAAAGGCACCGUUAUACAGUA